AUGAUCACAGAUAAAUGCUGUAACUCGACACACCCUAUAUCAUUUCACCUCCUUCAGCUCCAAGUCAAAAUGCACCUUAUUGUAAACAUCCUCGUGAGUGUGCUUCUUCCCAAAGGUAAGAGGACUAUCUAGGCCAUAGCCUACGGUUUAACAUGCAUUUCGAUUCUAAUUUAUUUUAAAUGUCAAAAUAGUACAUAAAGAAAAAUCUCUAAAUAUGGCUAUAGCCCAUAUCAUUUUUGUAUUACUUAGUCUACCUUUGGCUGCAUUUGGAUUAAUUCUGCUUUGAAGAUCAAGUUCAGCAAUUAUUAUACUUUUUUUUGCAAUUUCAGUUUAGCCUAUAGCCCGCAGUUUAGAACUAUAAUGAAGAAGAAAUAAAUAUAUAACUUCAACAGCAUUGAUCAAUUUACCUUUUGAAUGACAAACGCAUUUCAGCCAAAUAAAAAAGGGUCCACGUUUUAGUCUAUUAUAUCCCUGAUAAUUUAUGAAAAUAAUUUCAAAUAAUGGGAUGCUGUAACUUUUCACCUUCUCAGCAUAUUCACUCAAGUGCUUUGAGUGCACACCAGGACAAUCGGGAACAUGCACGGACAAGCAGAUUGACUGUCCUAAUCCAACCCAAUGUGGAAACACGCGGAUUACAUCCUAUAUGGGCAAAUUAAUGGCAGGUUCAUUUAGCUCAUAAAUGUUAGCCUAACGAUAAAACAAAUAUUCUGGUUCAUUUUAUUACGUUUUUUUACCUGUAUGUUUUUUUCUUGACUCGACCUCUUCUUUCCAUUUCCAGGCGAUACAAAAGUAUUAGAUGUCAACGCGAAGUCUUGCGCGGUGCCAACUGAGAGUUUCAGUGCAGCA